AUGCGUGUCCAUGGAAAUGUGUCGUUGGAGGUGUGUACGUGUGUACUCCGCAGAUUGGGUCUACAGAUCGGGCCUACAAUGCACGUUGUUUAUCCGCUAGGGUGCGGGGGGAGGGUUGGGGGCGAAGGGGAGCGCGGGCAGAGGCUCCUGGCCGGGCCCAGAGCAGUGGAAACUGUGGGAGUGAGUUAUAGCGGCAUGCGCGUGCUGGUGGCAGCACUUGCUGCGCUGCUGGCGCGUGCGCUAGCCAGUCCUCACGAGCAUAGAGCCAGGCAUCAUGCGCCGGACCACGCUCUUCACUUUUCUAUGCCCGCUCCGCCUCAACCCUAUCGCGGACACGGAGAGGCCGUACGUUACAAUCCAGAGCUAGACACGAUUCUCCCUCGUUUCGAUGAACAAGAAACAUCCUCGAAACGAGCAAAAUAUGCAGAUACGGAAUCGUCUUCUAAGCGAGCCAAUGAAGAAAGGUUCUAUUCUAAUCAUGAAAGGAUUGAAGAACUUAUGGCAGACGAACCCCAACUUGGCCCUGAACCCGAUGACCCAUUAAUCGUUCGUACUACUCACGGUAGAGUUAAAGGGAUAACACUUACUGCAGCAACAGGCAAAAAGGUGGAUGCCUGGUUUGGUAUACCUUAUGCUCAAAAACCUAUCGGAGAUCUCAGGUUUCGACAUCCAAGACCCAUAGAAAAAUGGGGUGAUGAGAUUCUUAAUACAACAGCACUGCCACACUCAUGCGUCCAGAUUAUAGAUACUGUGUUUGGAGAUUUUCCAGGUGCGAUGAUGUGGAAUCCUAAUACCGACAUGCAAGAGGAUUGCCUUUAUAUCAAUAUUGUGUCUCCACAACCACGCCCUGUAAAUGCUCCUGUAAUGUUGUGGGUCUUUGGAGGUGGAUUUUAUUCUGGUACGGCUACUUUAGAAGUUUACGAUCCAAAAAUACUUGUAUCCGAAGAAAAUAUUGUAUAUGUAACCAUGCAAUAUAGAGUGGCGUCUUUAGGGUUCUUGUUUUUUGAUACACCUGAUGUACCUGGCAAUGCUGGUUUAUUCGACCAACUUAUGGCCUUACAAUGGGUCAAAGACAACAUAGCCUACUUUGGCGGCAACCCUCAUAACAUAACUUUAUUUGGAGAAUCUGCUGGUGCUGUAUCAGUUUCCCUACAUCUAUUAUCCCCUCUGUCAAGAAAUUUAUUUUCUCAAGCUAUAAUGCAGUCUGGGGCGGCUACAGCUCCUUGGGCCAUAAUAUCAAGAGAGGAAAGUAUUUUACGUGGAUUGCGUUUGGCUGAAGCAGUUCAUUGCCCAAGCUCUAAAACGGAUACGGGUCCCAUGAUUAAUUGCUUAAGAAAAAAAAGUGCUGACGAACUGGUAAAUAAUGAAUGGGGAACGUUAGGAAUUUGUGACUUCCCUUUUGUUCCUAUUAUAGAUGGAUCAUUUUUGGACGAAAUGCCGAGAAAAUCAUUAGCCCAUCAAAACUUUAAGAAGACCAAUGUUCUCAUGGGAUCAAAUACUGAAGAGGGUUAUUACUUUAUCCUAUACUAUUUAACAGAACUGUUACCUAAAGAAGAAAAUGUCGGUAUUACUCGAGAACAAUAUUUGCAAGCCGUUCGAGAAUUAAAUCCUUUCGUGAAUGACGUUUCAAGACAAGCUAUUGUCUAUGAAUACACGGAUUGGCUUAAUCCAGAUGAUCCAGUAAAUAAUAAAAAUUCAUUAGAUAAAAUGGUCGGUGAUUACCACUUUGCUUGUGGGGUCAAUGAAUUUGCACAUCGCUAUGCAGAAACUGGUAACAAUGUUUACACUUAUUAUUACAAACAUCGCAGUAAGAAUAGUCCUUGGCCCUCAUGGACUGGGGUAUUACAUGGAGAUGAAAUCAAUUACGUUUUUGGUGAGCCACUUAAUCCUGGGAAAAAUUACUCUCCGGAAGAAAUUGAGUUUAGUAGGCGUUUGAUGAAAUAUUGGGCUAAUUUUGCGAAAACUGGAAAUCCAUCAAUGGACGAAAAAGGUGAGACGAUGAAAGAAUAUUGGCCUCCUUAUACGACUGGAGGCCGUGAAUAUCUAUCUCUUGAGGUAAACUCGAGUUCGGUGGGACAUGGUUUGAGAUUGAAGCAAUGCGUUUUCUGGCAAAAAUAUCUGCCCCAACUUAUGGCUGCCACUAAUAAACCUGAAACACCGAAAAAUUGUACCAAUACUGGAUUUUCAAGAAAACCUUCCCACGUGAUGCUCAGUUUGAGCUUAUUUUCUUUAACAGUCGUUAAGGCGGUUAACUAUAUUUAA